AUGUCAUUCAGAACAGAGGUUGCAUUAGCUGUUUUGCAAGAGCUGAUCCCCGAAGAAUCCAGGAAAUUACAGGCAUUGGUUAAUGGGUACAAUGAUGGCAGUGUUUAUGAGCGAAAUUCGAAAAUAUUGCUUAAAAAAAUAUUAGAAAGAGUUAUUCAUGACUGUGAUAGUAAGCGUAUGUUGGAAUAUAAUGAUGACAACUGUCAAAUCACGCAGAACAGAAAGAAAAGUAUUGGGAUUCUAUAUAAUAAUAAAAAAACUAUUGCCCAAAAAACUAUGCUAGAUUUAUAG